AUGCAGGACUCAGACUUGAAGAAGCAAGUGGGGCAGCUUUUUGCUGUCGGUUUCCACGGUCUUACACCAAGUGUGGAAAUCAAGACUCUGAUCCGGGAGUAUGGAGUAGGAGGCGUUAUUCUUUUCAGGCGCAAUAUACGUGAUGCAGAGCAGCUUCAGGCUCUCACACUGGCCCUGCAACAAGAGGCAAAAGAUGCCGGACAUGAGCAUCCUCUCUUUAUUGGAAUCGACCAGGAGAAUGGACUGGUUACGAGAAUAACCCCCCCGAUCGCUCCCCAGCUUCCAGGGCAGAUGGCGCUCGGAGCUACUCAUUCCCCGGAUCUCGCUUAUGAUGUGGGAAAAGCAACCGGUCGGAUAUUGAACUUCUUCGGGAUCAAUAUGAAUUAUGCGCCUGUUUGUGACGUCAAUUCGGAGCCUCUAAAUCCAGUUAUAGGCGUCCGUAGUGCCGGUGAUGAUCCCGAACUCGUUGGUCGAUUCGCGAGCGCUACCUCCAGAGGACUCCGGGAACACAAGGUCAUCCCCAGCGUUAAACACUUUCCGGGCCACGGAGACACUGCUGUAGACUCUCAUUAUGGACUCCCAGUUAUUCCCAAGACACGAGACCAACUUGAGCGGUGUGAAUUGAUUCCCUUUCGCAGGGCCGUGGCCGAAGGAAUUGAGGCUGUGAUGACUGCUCAUAUUGCCUUGCCGGCUAUUGGAGAUGGAAAAUAUCCGGCCACACUUUCAGUGGACGCCAUGAAUAUUCUCCGAAAGGAUAUGAAGUAUGAUGGCAUGAUCAUCACCGACUGCCUUGAGAUGGAUGGCAUUCGGGCGACGUACGGCACCGAGCAGGGAUCAGUUCUCGCAUUCAGCGCAGGUAGCGACAGUAUCAUGGUAUGUCAUACCUUUGAUGUCCAGGUUGCCUCAAUCAACAAGGUCUGCGAGGCGAUACAAUCCGGUAUUGUUCCGCAGUCACGUCUAGAAGACGCCCUCCGGCGCAUCAAUAGGCUGAAGAGCAGCUUCUUGAGCUGGGAAAGUGCAUUGCACAGGGAGGACCUCGCCAGUCUUACUGCUCUGAGAUCACAGACAACUGCAAUUUCAGAAGUGGCAUACUCGCGGUCUGUGACGCUAGUUCGCCAGAAACCUGGGGUUUUGCCUCUGCCGAAAGACUUGCCCAUUGUAUUCCUUUUUCCUGGAGCGAAAACCCCUGCUGGCGGAGCAGUUGAUGGCGAGGGGAUCCGAAGUCAAGGGUCCUAUAAAGCUACAGAGUUCAGUGACGUUCUUCGACUUCACAAUCCUCUUGUCAAGGAAAUCCGCUUUGGGAAUUCUGGAUUGACAGCUGAGCAGUGGAGCCUUGUAGACUCGGCGAAAGUGGUCAUCUUUGUCUCUUUUAAUGCGCGAGAAUCCCCAUAUCAAAUGGCCUUGGGCCGUGAGCUUUCCAGCCGGGCUCGAUCGCUCGUCACAAUUGCGGGCUGCGCUCCAUAUGAUUUCCUGGAGGCCCUGGAAAUGACUACGUACAUCACCACGUACGAACCGACCAUUGAAGCGUUUACUCAGGCAACCAAAAUCAUGUUUGGGCUCGCAACCGCCAAUGGAGCAUUGCCAAUUGGCCAGGCAAAAGCUCAUUCUUCCAUAGCCGUUACACCAUUUGAUGCUUCCCGUGAUAUUGAUGAGCUGGCUGCUGUAUGGAAGACUGCUUUGCCCACCUACCCUCUGCCAGCAAGCAGCUUACGCUGUUUCCUAGAUCGCGCCAAUGGACACCACUCUGUAGCCCGGGUUGGAUCUACCAUGGUAGGGUUCUGCGUUGCUUAUACCAAUACCAAUCAGGAGAAAAUCUCUGGUCGGAUCGCAGUCCUGGCCGUGGAUCCUGGCCAUCAAGGACGAGGAGUCGGAACAGCUCUGCUGAAUGAGACUCGGGCACACUUCCGAAACAAAUUCCAGCUCAAUACCCUUGAGCUUACCAGCAACUUUCCACGAUUCUGGCCAGGGAUUCCACGAGAACUUCCUUCCCAGGUACAAGAUUUCUUCAUCCACCGUGGGUUCCGUCUCAAUCCGCCUGGGGCGAGGUCAGUCGACCUGUAUCAGGAUAUCAGGAAUUUCCAGCCCCCCGAAAAGUAUAUAUCUCGUGCCAAAGAGCGCGGCUAUAUAUUUAGUCCUCUCCUCCCUGAGCAUUACGAUAAUUGUGUGGUAGCACAGAAACGGAAUUUCUCUGCGUCCCUGGGCUGGGUCGAAGCCUACAUUGAAUUGAACCCGAGCGAGUAUCCUUCGAACGUGAUGGUGGCCUUCGACUCUGAGGGCCGACAAGUUGGCUGGACACUGAUGCUGCCGCCCUCGUCCUCUUUUCUACAGCGACUGUGGGCGUUCCCACCACUAUGCGGCCCGCAGACCGGCCUGAUAGGAUGUGUUGGGGUAGAUAAGGAGUGUCGAAAGGCCGGAGUCGGUCUAGCGCUUCUCUGUCACGCCAUGAUGGACAUGAAGAGCCGAGGGAUCGAAGGGGUGUUUGUUGACUGGGUCAGCCUGGACGGCUGGUAUGAGCAGUUGGGCUUCAAGGUAUGGCGAAGCUACCGGCCGGGGGAGAUAUAG